AUGGCCUCCUCAAACAACAGAACCUCUACAUACACGCAAGUCUCCACGUCGAGCGAUCAUGACAGACCAAAGAGUGCGGAUGCGAAGAAGGACAUAUGGUCGUCGAUGCUUGAUAGUGUAGCCAGUGGCAAGCGAUUACCAGAGAAGAAUCUACUGGUCUUGGGCAAGUUAACCACAACUCCUCAAGCUACAUCCGCUGACUUAUGGCAGGAGCGGGAGUUUCUCGAAACGCUUUCGGCCGACGAUACAAGAAAGGCCUCAGAUCGGCAGGGCAGCAAGCAGCCUACCAUUGCAAACAACUUUGCUUUGGGCUACACAUACCAUGAUGUUCUAGAUGCAGACCACGAGGACAUUCUGGCCCGACUCUCGCUCUAUCUUCUCGCCGACCCUUCGCCCUCUUUCGCGCCGCUCCUGCAACCCCUCCUUACCCCUGAGACUAUUCCGAAUACCCUCGUUGUGAUAUUACUUGAUUGGUCCCAGCCAUGGUUCUGGCUAAGACAACUGCGGGACUGGGUACAACUAUUACGGACGCUGCUCGUUUCUCUAGACAAUACCUGCAAAGAUAAGAUGGAGGAAGUUAUGCUGAGUUGGCGAGACAGAGGUCGUGGGGGGAAUAGCCUUGAUGGUGUAGGAGCAAGCAGUACCUCCGAGGGCGAUGUAAGCUUGCCUCUAGGACCUGGAGAAUGGCAGGAACCAUUGGGUCUACCUGUAUGCGUUGUCUGUCAAAAUUCUGAUCGUAUCGAGAAUUUAGAGAAAGAACGAUCCUGGAGAGAAGAGGAGUUUGACUUUAUUUUACAAUUUCUGCGAACGAUCUUGCUGAAGCACGGGGCAUCCCUCAUCUACACAAUUCCCUCAGUCACCAGUCCAUUACAAAGUCUCAUACACUCAUCUCUCGGAAUACACUCACUAUUGAAACGGCAGCCUCUGAAACACAAUGUCAUUGACCGUGACAAGGUGGUGGUACCUCCAAAUUGGGAUUCCUGGGGUAAAAUCAGAGUGCUUCGAGACGGUUUCGACGUGGAAGCAAUAAGUAACGGAUGGUCCGUUGAUAUCGAAGAAUCAUUUGAACUUAUACCCAACGUACCCAACGGCAAUAGUAAUGGGGAAGCUAUAAAGAUUGAAACUUCCAGACGAUCAGGAGGCGCAGUCGAAGCCUAUGAAGAGACGAUCCGGGACCCUCGACUAGAUGCUCUUCAAGCAACAUCUAAAGAGAACGAAGGUCUCAUACCUGAGAUCACAAGCUCGGAUACUCAAACUUUCCUUGCGACCCAACUGGCGGUGCUCGAUAAGAUUAGGCAGGGCACUGAUUCUUCCGGCAUGGAUAGUAGCCGCUUAAUAGCGGGAAGAAAUGCAACAGGUUCCGGUUACGAGACUGGCGAAGAGGGCCAUGCUGAUGAAGGUCGUGUCAAUGAGCAUAUUGGUCCCGUCCAGUUCAAUAUGGGUGGGAUUCAGGUUGAUGCCGAUGACAUGUUGCAAAGACUCAAGGACCGCCAAUUAUACCAAACCCCCGAGCCAACAUCCCCAGGUAGCAUUGUACCCGGCGACGCAAAGACACAGAACGAAGCACUGCAAUCCUUUUUCGCGGGGCUUAUGAAAAGGGGAGGUGGCAGCGCAUCGAGCAGUCCUAAACCAUAA